AUGACGACCAAGCUGUAUCUCGACGACACGGAUCUGGUGAAGUGCGAGGCGGUGGCUACCGCUGAAGUCAUUCUCGACGCUACAGUGGUGUAUCCUCAGGGCGGAGGCCAGCCAUCGGACAAGGCGACGAUCAGCUCGGUCGAUGGCUCUGUGGUCUUUCGCGUCGACAAGGCCGUGCUUGAUCGCGAUUCCGACGUCGUGGUUCACACCGGUGCGUACAUGCCCGGGAGCGAGCCGCUGGUGCCUGGCAUGCCGGUCGUUGUCGCUGUCGACGCCGAACUCCGCGCGCUUCACGCCCGGCUCCACUCGGCCGGCCAUCUUCUCGACGCUGCCAUGCGCAACCUUGGAUACGCUGAUCUGGAGCCGACUAGAGGCGCGCAUGCGCCGCAUCUGGCGUACGUCGAGUACGCCGGCGUCAUCGCCGAUCCGGGCGAGCGGGAGCGUCUUCCGCAACGCCUUGCCGCCGAGUGUGCAGCUCUCAUUGCUGCUGGUGGCGACGUUCGUGUCCGCCAUGUCGCUCGCGAUGAUGUUGCUGCCGAGUGUGGGCUCGACGAGAUUCCGGCCUACCUCCCGGAGACCAUGCCGACUGUCCGCAUCGUCGGCAUGGCCGAUGCGGCCUGCCCCUGCGGCGGAACACAUGUGAAGAAUGUCGUCACCAUUGGCGGCAUCACCAUCCGCAAGAUCAAGCACAAGGCCGGUAAGCGGACCGUGAACGUCCGCUACUCGGUCGAUCCGUCGCCCUAA